AUGCAUCGCUGUCUCACUACUUCCCAAAUACAACAAGAACUGUCGCGAUUGUGUGAUACACAAGAAGAUGUAUCAGGUGAUGAGAGUUUUGACGAUUUAUCAAUGAAUCUCUCUGAAAACCUUGAUGCAGAAUUUCAGACGGAGCAGGUCACUUCUUCAUCAGACGACUCCGAAGCAGAUUUCCCUGAUACAGGUCGCACACACGACUCAUCCUACGCGCUCUAUCACAUCGGCCAGCAGGCCUCAGCGGGCGUUAAGCAAUUCACCGAAACAGGCAAGAGUGAUUUGCUAGACAGUGUUACUGGUGAACAGCAACAACAACAAAUGCACCAACAACAACAAUUGCUUCAACAACAAAAUGCCGUUAACGGAAAUUCAUUUGGCGGCUUUGUAUCAACGUCCACAGCGACCACGAUGAAGGGUAGUGGCGGUAGCGGUAGCGGAUCUGCUGGCGGACGCAGCGUUUUCGAUGAGUUCAACAUACCGGCAGUGUUAGUGGGCGAUGGACGCCAAGAGGCGAAAUUCUUUGUGGACAGCAAUCACAGUCUGGUGUCACUAAUGACGCGCAUUGUACCAUCGCCCGAUUGGUUUAUCGGCGUCGAUUCGUUUCAGCUCUGCGUCGGCGGCUCCUGGAUUGACACUGUGACCAUUGAAAUGGAUCCACUCGAUGCGGGCACCGAUAAUGGCUUCACCUUCACCGCACCCAAUUGGCCGACAUCGCCGCAAGGUGUCAUCUAUCGCAUCACAUCACGCUAUCCAGCACAUCCGGCGAGCAGCUUCUUCUAUCCGAAGAGCAAACGAUUACCGCCAAUAGCGACAUUUCAAUUUAUUAAGCUGAAGGAGUACGAGCUGAGUGAAGUUUUCAACUUUGCCGAAGAUGAUCGCAAAUAUGAGACGGUGAAGACACAAACGCAUUUGGAAGCGGAACACGAUUCCACCAUUACUAAUAACGAACUCUCCGCGAGCAUUGAACGUGAACGCCAAAAUGAAAUAUCUGCACAACCCACUUCGGUGACGGAAAAAGAUCGCAUACGAUCGCGAUUGUUGGCGAAAAUGAAUCCGGGCUACAAUAAUAGCAGCAACAUUGCUAGCAAUGGCAAUAACGCGAAUGUAGUGCCGAAAAAUGAUAAAAAUGCCAUCAUGCAAAACAUUGCCAACAGCUAUCGUCGCUCGGAGGCGAACUACAAUUCCUCUUCAUCAGCACCAGCAUCCUCUUUGCCGUCCUCGUAUGCUGCUACUAACUGGAUGGGUCCGCUGCCGAAACGUCGCCGCACGAAAUCUCGUACGAAGUCACGCGAUUGCCGCGUCAGCCACUGGUCCGAGUGGUCGUCCUGCAGCAAAACUUGCGGCAUCGGUGAGAUGCAUCGAUAUCGGAAGGUCAUCAGGCAUGGCAAGCGUGGCGGGCGGCCAUGUCCUGCGCUGCAAGAGUCAAAAUGGUGCGGCACAGAGAAGGGUUGCCACUCGCCGGCGACCUACUUCAAUUGGUCCACUACAUGAAGGACGCAGCGCGAGCAAGCGUAGUUUGUAACGUAAGCGUAUGAUUUCUUUUACAAAAAAAAUACCAAAAACACAAAUAAAAAAAAAAAUGAAAUUAAUAAGUAAGUGAAGCAAAAAAUAUAUAAAAACAGUGAAAAGUAUUUAAAAAAAAUAUUUAAAAGAUAUAUAUACACACUUACAUGAAAAAUAAUUAAUACAAAAACAUGUAAAACCAUUUAAUGUUUGCUAGUACGCGAGCGAAUGGGUAUUUUGCGAUGACGAUUAUAUUUUACGAUCAUCAAAAAAUUUAAAAAAAGUUUGAGUCAAAAAUAUAUAUUUGACAAGCCAAUAAAACAAAAUUAAAAUUAAAAUUAAUUAAUUAAAGUUUAUGUUUAAAAUUUGAUGUUUAUGAAGCAAAAAUAUUUGAAAAUUUUUUCAAUUUUUUUCCACCAUCUCAACUUCACAGCCGCGAAAUUUUGCCAGCAACAUGCAUCUGGCUUGCCGUGAAAUGUUGCUAGCAACAUUCAUUGUCAAAUGAGAAGAAACGUCAAGUAUGUGAGCACCACCCCUGAAGCAAUUGACAAAUUUUGGCAAGAAAAGUGUUCUUAAACAAAUUAAGGCACAUUUAUAUUGACACAAAAAAUAUAGAGAAGACUUACACUCUUCGAGAAAAAGUUUUGGUUAAAAAUGCCAUAUCAUCGGAGUACUCGUAUUCGAACUCAAACACUUCACCCGCAAACGAGCUGUCAGUCUCCGCUCUGUUUUAAAUGAGCUGUUCAUUCUCAACAAAUGUUGCUGGCAACAUGUUGCGCGGUGUCUUCACAGCGUACACUGAGUACUUUCUGUGAGAUACAUACCAAAUUUCACGCAUAUUUCAAGGCAAUGCAAAUUGUAUGCAUUUUUUUUUUAAUAUUUAUUUAAUGAUUUGAUCCUAACAUACAAGCACAAACCUUAUAAUUAUUAGUGCUAGUCACAAUAGGCUACAAUUCUCAUAAUAAAAUUUACAUUUUGACUGCCAUUGCACGUGAAACACGAACCUAGUACUUUGCUUUAUGCUUCAUUGUUUUGUAAAAUAGAAUCUGAAAUUAUUUUCGUUUUAUAUGAAAGUUAAGAUUUUAGUAUUCAGUUGUUUUAUUUCAAUUUACAAUUUUUAUAAAAAAAUAAAAUAUUACAUUUUUCAGAUACAACUUGCGAUUUGUCAAACGAAACCUUUUUUUUUUUAA